AAACACAAUAAUUUUCAUACAACGUACGUCUAUAUAAGAAUGCCAGUGGCAGCGUGCAGAAGAUACAACAUAAGCAAAAUAUUGAAGCCAUAGAUAGCAUCGAUGGGGCUUAUGGUCAAUAUUGUGAUGACUCCCUGCGGAGAAUUCUGGGGAAGGAAAUGGAAUUUACUAGACAUAGUCACUGCAGUUGUGUUUUUCAGUCUUCAUUGCCUUUGUGUGAUGGCGCCGUUUCAUUUCACCUGGCCUGCCUUUUGGGUGGCCUGUGCUCUCUAUCUUGUGACGGGUUUAGGAGUGACUUUGUCUUUCCAUAGAAAUCUUGCUCACAAGAGCUUUCGUAUUCCGAAAUGGCUCGAGUACUUGUUUGCCUACUUCGGGGUUCUCUCACUUCAGGGAAGUCCAAUAGAAUGGGUGAGCUCACACCGGUAUCACCACCAGUUUACUGAUACUGAGAAAGAUGUUCAUAGCCCCCUUCAAGGUUUUUGGUUUAGUCACAUGGGUUGGAUCCUCGAUAGCGGCUCUCGGUUUGGAAAAUAUGGAGGACUGAAGAACGUUGAAGAUUUGAAAAGGCAACCCUUCUAUAGGUUUCUUCAUCGCACUUUUCUUCUGCAUUCUAUUGUUCUACUUGGAAGUUUACUAUAUGUCGUGGGUGGAUUUCCCUUCCUGGCAUGGGGACUGGGGGUGAGGAUGGUAUGCGUUUUCCAUAGUACUUUGUUGGUAAAUUCAGCUGGUCACAUUUGGGGAAAACAAGUAUAUCUCACUGGUGAUAUGUCAAGGAACAAUUGGUGGUUGGGAUUGUUUGCACUUGGAGAAGGAUGGCACAACAAUCACCAUGCUUUUGAUUUCUCAGCUCGACAAGGUUUUGAAUGGUGGCAGAUUGAUGUUACUUGGUAUGUGAUAAGAUUUUUACAAGCAAUUGGAUUGGCAACAAAUGUGAAAACUCCAACUGAGGCCCAAAAGCGAAGAAAAGCUCUACACAAUAAAGUCACGGCUGCUGGGAAUUAGGGUUCAAAACGUUUGCCUCCUAUCCGCCAAAGACAGAAAAAAUAAAGAAGUUUAAUCUGCUACGUGAUGUUAUGUGACAGAUAAAGUUUAAUCAUUGAGGGCGCAUAUUGUUCUUUUACACUAUUAUAUCUUUAUGUACCUAAUGUACAAGUUACUUCAUAAAAGCCAUAUAUAUAUAUAUAUAUAUAUAUAUCCAAAACCAUUAACUAGCAUAAUUCAUACAAAACGAUAACAUAUAGAUGAUUUUCGUAACAUCAAUAUUUUUAAGGGUAUUUUAGUCUUUCUAUUUUUAAGAGUAUUUUAAAAAAUGAAAAAAUCAUUAUAAAAACAAUUGUAUAUCUUUUAAACAAUUAAAAUUCCCACAAAAAAAAAAAAAUCUCACUUUCUCCCAUCCCCUAUGCUCCACCAACAGCUCCAAUCAACCCCGCCCACCUUGAAAUCCAUUCCUCAUUCCUCUUUACAGCCCCUUCCUCCAUUCCUCUUCCCUCUUCCCCUUCCUCCUUCUCUCU